AGCUAUUACCAUGUGAUAUUAUUCCCACACCUACCUAAAAAAUCAUUUAAUUAAUCCGAAUCCACGUAAGAAGAUAAACAUACACAUAGAAAAACAAAAAGAUAGUUGUUUCAACUUUCAAAUAUGCACUGCAGAAACAUUUGUAAGUUGUAAGAGAACCAAAAAAACUUCAAGAAAACAAAAAAAAAAAAAAAGAUGAGGCUGGUUAACACAGCUUCUCUAAUCUUGUUUUCAUGGUUUCUAUUGGCUGAUCAAUAUGUUUCAACACAAAGAACAACCUACAUUGUCCACAUGGACAAAUCCUCCAUGCCGAAGGCUUUCGCCACCUGUCACCAUUGGUAUUCUUCCAUCUUGGAUUCCACUACUAAAUCGACCAAUCGCGUAAAAUCGUCGCCCAAGCAUGUUCACACCUACGACCACGCCUUUCAUGGAUUUAGUGCAUCAUUGUCCGAGGAGGAGCUACUGCUUUUAAAGAACUCGCCCGGUUUCCUCCGGGCCCACAUCGACGGGCCCGUCGAGCCCGACACCACCCACACGUACAAAUUCCUCUCUCUCAACACCGCAUCGGGGAUAUGGCCUGCAUCUCAAUACGGCAAGGACGUGAUCAUCGGUGUGGUUGACUCCGGUAUAUGGCCCGAAAGCCCGAGUUUCGGGGAGGAUGGCAUGACCGCAAUUCCCGCGAAAUGGAGGGGCACUUGUGAGGUGGGACAAGAUUUCAACUCGUCCAUGUGCAACAAAAAGUUAAUCGGAGCUAGGUUUUUCAAUCAGGGCGUUAUGGCGGCCAGUCCGGGUACUACGAUAAGUAUGAACUCGACGAGGGAUACUUUCGGCCACGGAACUCACGUGGCUUCGAUUGCGGCGGGAAAUUACGUGGAAGAUGUUUCAUACUUUGGAUACGCUCCAGGAACGGCGAGAGGGGUGGCCCCACGUGCCAGGCUGGCGGCGUACAAGGUCCUCUGGGACGAAGGGAGCUACGAAUCUGAUGCUCUUGCAGGAAUCGAUCAAGCAGUUGCUGACGGCGUUGAUGUUCUGUCGAUCUCUUUGAGUUACCGUACGAUUGAUUUAUACGAGAAUCCGAUUGCUAUUGCGGCCUUUGGUGCGAUGGAGAAGGGCAUCGUCGUCUCUGUUUCGGCGGGAAACCGCGGGCCCAAUUUUGGCACUGUUCUUGAGGGGAUCCCGUGGGCGGUGGUCGUGGCGUCGGGGACCGUUGACCGUUGGUUCGCCGGUACCUUGACCCUCGGUGACGGUCAAACAAUCACGGGGUGGACUAUGUUUCCGGCAAGAGCGACGGUGAGAAACUUGCCUCUCGUUUACAAUAAGACGUUAUCGGCUUGUAAUUCGACCGAGUUGCUAGCGGACGCUCCCUCCGCGAUCAUCAUAUGUGUGAAUUCUUUCGACUCUCCGGAAUUCUCCGAUCAAAUUGGCUAUGUAUCGACAUCGAACGCCCUUGCGGCUAUUUUUAUAUCCGAGGAAACCCGCAUACUGCGAUCCACUUCUUUCCCAUACCCUGGGGUUGUAAUCACACCAAAACAGGGGAAAGGUGUGAUCAAAUACGCCAAGAACUCUAGUGCUCAACCAACAGCCAGCAUCAAGUUCCAGCAGACAAUCCUAGGAACGGAACCCCGGCCCGCCCCAGCUGUCUCCGCCUCCUCAUCGCGGGGCCCGUCCCGAAGCUAUCCGGGCAUUUUGAAGCCCGACAUAAUGGCCCCGGGAGUGUUGAUCUUAGCAGCCUACAAUCCCGAUACCUCAGUAACAAAUAUCGGUUCGAACAUAGGCUUGUCUAGUGAUUACAACCUAGAGUCGGGCACAUCUAUGGCUUGUCCGCACAUCUCCGGAGUGGCUGCUCUCCUGAAAGCCGCGCACCCGGAGUGGGGCCCCGCGGCAAUUCGAUCGGCCAUGAUGACCACUGCAAGUACACUAGACAACACCGGGAAGCCCAUCAAAGACAUGGGCAACGAUUACAAAGGUGCUACGCCUCUGGAUAUGGGAGCGGGUCAAGUCGACCCGAACCGUGCGCUUGACCCGGGGCUUAUAUACGAUGCCACACCACAAGACUAUGUAAACCUCGUAUGUGCUUUGAAUUACACUCGUGAGCAAACACGGACUAUUAUAAGAUCGAACUACAACUGCUCGAACCCAUCCCUCGAUCUUAACUACCCGGCGUUUGUUGCGCUUUACGAUCCACUUGAAGAAGUAAGUACUAAAACUCGGAGAUUUCGAAGGACCGUUACAAAUGUAGGGGAUGGUGCGGCUACUUAUAAAGUGAGUGUGAAAAGACCGAAGGACUCGGUGAUUACGGUGUCACCGGAGAAAUUGGUGUUUCAAAAGAAGAAUCAAAAGCUUAGCUUCUCUUUGACUAUAAGCUACAAGACUUAUAGGGACUACGUCAUCAAUCAUGGAUCAAUCAUUUGGGCCGAAGAGAAAGGAAAGCACACUGUGAGGAGUCCCAUUGUGGUUACACCGGCGGAACCUUCGGGAUAAUUAUUUUUUGUGCAUUUACGACUCGACUAUUCGCCGGCCAACAAUUUUAUUCAUGAAAUCAGUUUUGUGGAUGUAAAUUCAAUAAAAUUUCUUCAUUUCUUGGUGUGA